UUUUAAGGUAAUGACUACAAUUCUUUUACAAUCAACAAGGCAUUUGUGAAACUCUGAGAAAUCCCUCCAAGGGAAAAGUGCACGGGAAGAAUCCUUCCGGCCGUUUCCUUGACGGAGAUGUAGCAACGUUCUCUUGCGACAAUGGUUAUGACUUGUUUGGUAAAAAGAGAAUUCGUUGCGUUGGCAAGAAAUGGGACUCCACCGUACCUCAAUGUAAAGCUCGUUGCAGAGUUUCAAGAAGACCCGUUAACGGUUAUGUCAAAAUAGGCCCAAAAAACAUAGGGGAAAUGAUUAAGCAUGGCGAAAAUAUCACCUACGGUUGCUUGGACUCUUACACCAUUGAGGGAAGUAGUGCUCAAAUAUGUGACAAUGGUCGAUUGACAAAUGCUGUUCCUAAAUGCAAAGAUUAUUCUCAAUGUGGUGCAAGCCCAAUACGGCUUCGAGCACGAACACGACGAAUGGUUGGUGGUAAAAACUCAAAAAAAGGGUGGUGGCCCUGGAUGAUUGGACUACGCAGACUGAACAGCAAAAUGGAAAAUGUACUUAUCUGUGGAGGUGCUCUGAUUUCUCGUCGCUGGGUUCUGACAGCUGCACAUUGUUUUUACCACCAAAAUUUUCUGGGGGCUCGUGUUCUCGACGAUUUAUCCAAUAAGUACCACGUGACAGUGGGUGACCACCACUUGCAGAGAGUUGAAAAGUCUCAGAUGGAAGUGGAGGUGGAGAAGAUAUUUGUUCAUCGAGAUUACAUUGAUACCAAGCUCACAAAUAACAUCGCUCUUGUGAAACUUCACCAAAAAGUGGAACUUGGUCGCUUUGUACAGACAUUGUGUAUUCCGGAAAAGGAUGAUGGUGAUUCGGCAAUCCCUAGAAAAUUCGGCAUAGCAACAGGUUGGGGUGUAACACAGGCCUUGAAACUUGGAGAAAAUCCCAAAGAAGAAAAACGCUACUCAGCCCGUCUUCAAUACUCAGCCUUCACAAUUCAAAGCGACCAACUCUGCGCUAACAAGUCAGUGCCGUACUUUUUUAACUCUACGGUGACGUUCUGUGCUGGGGAUGGAAAGGGAGGAAAUGAUACUUGCCAUGGCGACAGUGGAGGAGCUUUCGUCCGUGAGGUAAAAAGAGGAGACAACUUCCGUUGGGUGGCUUCUGGGCUGGUCAGCUGGGGAGUGGGCUGCGCACAAAAGGAUCAGUACGGAUACUAUACCAGGGUGUAUCCAUUUAUUGAUUGGAUAAAGAAAACUAUGAGAGAUAACUCUUAGGAAGAUAAUUUGGCUUUGUUACAACUAGCGCUGCAUACUUGAGAUGAAUGUUAAAAGCUUUUUAUUUCUUUUCUUUGCAAAAGUAUCUUAACAGAGCCCUAUUUUAAGUCAAACGAGGAGAAUGUUAACUACUUCUAAAUUCAUGAAUUAUGUUAACAGAAUUCAUGCAUUAAAGAUGUCUGAAUAAGCCUUAGACGAAAUAAUCAAGUGUGGGAUAGACUAGACUCGCUUACUGGCCUACUAGCGCAAUAUGUAAUUUUUUUGGGAAAUGAAUACCUUGAUGUUAAGGAAGAGAGCUCUUUAAAGAUUGUGCAUGGUGUUUGGUCGCCCAAUAAAAGCAGCAUGCAGAGACUUUUUAGCUUU